UCGAGCGUUAAUGGCGGCUAACAUCACAUGGCGAUGGUUGAGCAGAGCAACCAUCUCUUUUAUCUCAGCUCGAUCUGGAGCGUCCACUUGCAGCACCGGACGGCCACCAGGCCUCGUGCUCCCCGUACAAUACCAAGAAAAAGCAUCGCUGUCCGUCCACACUCCACACCUCCGCUCUGCUGCUCCACCUCGUCGGGAGCGGUCACGGCCUCACGGGCACAGCACCGCCAGACACCAGAAGAGACUCGACAGAGCGUCGGCCAUGCCAGGCUGCUACGUGGGCAAGGCCACCAAGAUCUUCCUCGCCCUCCUCGCCGUCCUCGCCGUCGUCGGCGUCGUCCUCGCCUUCCGCGCCGUCCUCCACCGCGCCGCCAAGCCCGGCCCCAGCUCCGCCACCGGGACGGCGUGCGAAGCCGCUGACGGGUGCCAGCCCGCCCUCCCCGGACCCGCCAUCGCGCAGCCCGCCACCGCCGCUCGUCCGCCGCCCACGCCCACGCCCACGACGCCGCAAAAUCCCACCUUUCCCUCCCCGGACACCGCCUGGCAGCCGCCACCACCUGUGCCCGUCACCCCUCUGCAGCCGCCGAUGCUGGUGCCCCCUCCACAGCUGCCGCCGCCGGCAGCAGUCGUGCCACCCCCGCUGGCAUUUCCGUCGCCGCCGCCUCCGGUGGCAGAGAUCGCGACGCCCCCAGCGGCAUCAGCGACACCGCCGCCUCCCGCCGACCUGCUGCCGCCGCCACCGGCCUUGCCGUCGCCUGCGCCGCCGGCUGCCCCAGAGGCGCCGAGCCCGACGGCGUCUUGAUGCCGCUGAUUCUUGACUGGCUCGGUUCAGAGCAGGUUAGAGCUGCACAGAUUUGUUAGAGGAGGGGUAGCGUUGAUGUACUACUGAUUCAAUUUGUCCUAGAGUUCAGUUCAAUUCUGCCUUGCUGGAUUGAACUUUCAUUAUCUCCAUCAGGAUCUCGCGGAAUCAUUCUGCAUCUUUCUUGUCCAAUUUCUUCUGUUGUUUACAGUUUGCUGAUCUGUUCAUAAUUUUGUAAUCCUGUCGGAAAGUUCAGCUUUUGAUACAAAUCAGUGGUCUUGA